GUUUGGUUCGUCUCGGUUGAGGAUCAGUCAUUCGUUCUCGCCUUUCCUUUUACUUCUUCUCGCUCGUUCGUUGUUGACUGUCGCUUUAGUGCACAGUCUGUCCAUUCGUUGAACGCACAACAUGCGUCUUCUCGAGAUUGCUGCUCUUGCAGCAUUAUCUGUCCCCAUCGCUGCUAGAGAGACUUUCGACUUCAAAGUCAACCAGCCACGUCGCCUUGUUGCAAUUCAGAAGCCGAGUCCAAAUCAAGUCACCGGAAACACAAUAUCGUUGGAAAGAGCAAACUCAAAGACGAACUCGCUCAGUGCUCGGUAUCUUCAAGCUAUCAGGAAGGGCGGCCAUGUGAAUGGUAUCUACUCACGACUCCGAAAUGGCACAGCAGAUCUUCUCUCUGUCGGAGCAGGCAGUGUUUUCCUUGCACCUCUGGAUGCAGGAGGAGAAACCUUUUACGUUGUCAUCGACACAGGAAGCAGCGAUACCUGGCUCGUCAACAGCCAAUUCACCUGCGUCAACCCAGCAAACUCAGUAGUCAUUGCUGAAUCAGAAUGCGCCUUCGGACCGACCUAUAACUUGACAUCCACAGCCGAGAGAAUCCCUAGUCGCAACUUUAACAUCUCCUACGCCGAUGGAGAACGUCUCAAUGGCCGAAUGAUCACAGAGGACCUCACAUUCGCUGGCAUCACAGUCGAAAAUCAAACGAUGGGCUUGGUAACCACAGCAGGUUGGUUCGGCGAUGGUGUUUCAUCAGGCUUACUCGGACUCGCCUACGCAACCUUGACAAACCAGUACAGCGGCAACAACCCAAACGUCGACAUCGCAGGCCUAACGAUCCCCUACGACCCCCUCUUCACAAGCAUGUACCGUCAGAAUCUAACUCUACCACUCUUCAGCAUCGCCCUCGACCGCGAUCUCUCAAGAUCCGCUCAAGCAGCCGGUGGCGUCCUAGCCAUCGGCGGGAUCCCCAAAAUCCCCCACGGCUCCUUCUGGGCCACGCAAAACAUCACAGUAGUGGGCAUAGACGCCACAACCGGAGUACCGGAAUAUCAGUUCUACGCCAUCACCGUAGACGGCUGGGCAGUCUCCGCAAACCCAUAUGCAGAUUUCGACGUCAAAAAAACCGGCAACAGGAGGAAAACGGCAUUAUUGGGGGCGCCGACUAGAAAAGUGAUUGUGGAUUCUGGAACCAGUUUGAUCUAUGCACCAUCUGCUGUUGUUGCAGCAUUAGCGGCGGCGUUUAAUCCUCCUGCUACCGUGAGUCCUGAUACAGGGCUUUAUCAUGUUGCAUGUACUGCCAAUGUUCCUCUGUUUGGAGUCGUCAUUUCGAGUAAAGUGUUCUACAUCAAUAGGUUGGAUAUGAUCAUUGAUACAGGGUUGGGCUUUUGUGUUGUCGGGGUGCAGGAUGAUAAUGGUGGGCUGACGAUUAUUGGGGAUGUGUUCAUGAGAAAUGUGCUUAGUGUUUUUGAUGUUGGAGCUGGGCAGGUGAGGUUUUCGGCCAGGGCUAGUACGUUGACUAAUGGAACUGUCACUCGAUAGGAUGGGAGAGUAGGUGUUGUUUUUGAAGAGAGAUUUGGUAUAAUUGGGGUAUAGAAAACAGAGAUUGUAUACGAGGAUUCAGAAUUGCCAUUACUGCUCCUGUCUUUGUUCAAGACCAAUUAUCUGCAGCUCUUGCGUCCAAUACUUCUUGCGAUAAAGGCAACAUAUCAGCUACAGGAGCGGCUUCUCCGACCACUCCUCCAGCUUCAGCAACAGCUU